GCUCCGUACACUUUCAUUUUUGAAAAUAAUAUUUUGAAAUUUUAGAUUAUUUAGAUUUACCAUGCCCUUAUUUGGCGGGAAUAAGUUUUCACCAAAGAAGACCACUCCAAGAAAGACUCCUUCUCUCUCUAACUUACACCUUGACUCUACUCAGCAACAGGAGGAAUUUGGAUUAGAUUUUGGACCAAUAAAAGUUAAUCUAGGGGGAAGCGAGGCUGUUUUUGAAGAUGGCCAAUGGAUAUCAGAUUCAUCUGGUGGGGGUGGUCGUGAUAUCAUAAAGAUGAAGAAACAAAACCAACAGCUUAUAGAGGAGAACAAUUUGCUCAAACUGAAGAUGGAUAUAUUACUGGACAUGUUAGCUGAAGCAACUGCAGAAACUCACCUUAAAGAGACUGAAAUUGACCAACUUAAAGACUUGGCCAGGAGAAAAAGAUGAUCUUUUAAAAAUGUCAUUAUGGUCUAUGUUUGUAACUUGAGUAGAUUUGAGUUAAGGUUGGCAGAGUGAAAGAAACUCUGACAUGACAUUAGUAUGCAUGCCUACAACUCUGACAUGACAUUAGACAACUCUGACAUGACAUCAACAUGAAGGCCUACAAGGAAAAGGUCCCAAUUAAAUUAACAAUCAGAGGCUCUGUAAUAUUCAUUCUACUUGGCUUAAGACUGAAGGGAAUGAACAUUCUUGUUCAUCCACUGACAUUUAUUAGUGCGAGGAAGUGAGACUUUAGUAACCAUAGUGACAUUUUAGGUGGGUUUUAUUAUACUGUUAUCAGUGUUCUCCCUCAAAAUAUUUUUCAACUGGGUGCAAUUUUUCAAGUCUGAAAAAAUCGGCACUCACUAUGCUCGCAAUAUCUUCAGGU